CGUUGUGGGUUAUAAAUCAAAAGUAGACACGCGGGAAAUCUCAUACGUACCUACAUAUCCCAUACAUAUCCCAUACAUAUUCCAUACCACCUUUCCCGGGCCAUGGCAGGGGGAUAGUGCUGUACUCGCUUCUGCAUAUCCGCGAUAGCCUUCACGUCGUGUAGACCACUACCUUAAACUGCCUUGAACUACCUUAGACUACCUUAGCGACUUAGCAGCUUACCUACCUACUUCAGGUAGCUUGUGCCCAACGACACAUCCACUCCCCUCCUAUUCGUCUUUUGGUCGUCUAACACGGCAUUCGUCUAUUUGACUCGCGCCAUCUACGCACUACACCAUCCGCGCGUGUGUUUGUUGUAUGACAGCCCAACUCGAGCACACAACACUGCCGUCAGCGUUGGGCUUCAUUCGGUAACCUGAGUUUGGUCUCUACGGAACAGCGAGGCGAGAAUCAACGUGGCCGCCAGUCCUUCAGUAUGAGGUAGCCAUUAUACCCUGACGAGGAGUGCCUAACGAUAUGCAUCCCGCACCGUCCUUGGCAGAGUCGUUCCCCAAAAGCACCAAGACGGAUGAUAGAUCUCAACAUGUUUACGAGACUCCCCAGCAGCCUCGCCUGGCACACGCCGCCCACCUUGGACCCCCCGAGCCCUUGAAGAUCGAGAAUCACUCGGAUCAUUCUGUCAGUCAGUCUUCGCCGCCCAUGAGGAAAGAUACGGCUUCCAGCACUUCGACCAAUGCUUCCGACACGACUGUCGUUACGGCUACAUCGACUGACACUUCCACUACAGCCUACAGUGUCGAGUCGUCACAGUCUAUCUUUUCCGUCAAAGAUGGUUCGGAAAUUUCGAGUAACCGUCGAGCAAGCCGUCGACGAACUGGUCCUCUCUCCGCGGCGCAAAGAGAGAAGGCUGCGCUGAUUCGCAAGUUGGGCGCUUGCCCUGAUUGCCGUAGACGCCGAGUCGCUUGCCAUCCCAACCAUCAUAACAUGUCAUGGGAAGAGGCGGUACAAAAGUAUCGCUCUUCUAGCCCGCUUCAGGAGCUCGCAACUCUGGCUGGGCGGCCAAUAAGUCCGGCCCCAAGCCAGAUGAGGCCACCUCCUCCCCCUUAUGCUCAAAACUCGCAGGAAAUGGACGUUGAUCCCCCAGCUGCUCCCCUUAAUCCACGGACCACUUCAGGUCGGACGUCUCCGAACGAGACGAGGAUUAACAGAACACCCCUUCCCUCUGGACCCAGGAUAGAUAGGCAUCUCUCGAUGCCGAGCCCUCUUACAGCGUCUCAGUCACCGUACUCGAUACCGCACCUUGGUUCAGUCAAGCACGACCUAGAAGGCAUAGCUUCCAAGAUUCUCUCUUCGCCAUAUAGGAGUCGUUAUUCUAAUGUCUACGCGCUCCUAAUCUAUUGGCAAGACGAGCAUGAAUCGAGCAUAGCAGGGGCUGUGGAAGAGCUGGCCGAGGUGUUCCAAAAGUGUUAUCAUUAUCUGCCUGAAAUCAUCAAAAUUCCCUCUGCAGCACGAAAUGGUUACUCUAACCCUUGGAGAUGGCUGUCCAGGAUAAUCAACGAGUUCGUCGACAAAAGCGACACCAGGGACACUCUGAAGAUCGUAUAUUACAACGGAUUUAGCUAUUUGGAUGACAAUCGAGAGAUGGUAUUAUCAAGUUCCAGAAACCGAGAGAAAGGCGAAACAAUCCGCUGGAGUGGCAUCCAGCAUAUAUUGGAAGAAGCCAAUUCGGACACAUUAAUCCUCAUGGACUCCAUAUACUAUCCCGCGACAAAGAUGGUCCGUCGAAGAGGUGUGCUGGAACUCAUAGCAGCCUCGGCACCAGAGGAUUAUUACCAUCUUCUCGAACGCGGCGUCUUCACCAGGGCACUAACGGAGCAGCUUCGCACACGAACAAUCCAGCAUUUUCCUAACACACUCUCAGCAGCCGAAUUACAUUCGAAGCUGCUUUCCCUCCUUCCAAAAAUUAUCCUCGACAGGCAUCCAGAAAAGGGAGCGACGACGGCAAUUCCAUCCCCUUUGCACAUGCAGACCUCGGGCAAUGCCCGGUUACCUUCUAUUACGUUAUCACCACUGCCGCUACAACUCCCGAAACCGCUCUCGAACUCGGACACAAACCACGCAGGCCCGCAAGUGACGCUGCAAAUCAGGCUCACGGACGAAUCGCUUAGUCUCGAGAACUGGACCGAGUGGUUUCGGAUGAUGCCCGAAGGCAUUCGUGACGUGAAAGUCGACGGUCCCUAUACGUUUAGAUGAACGACGGUGUACCGGAACUUGCUGGCCCUAUCACGUCGUCUUGAAUUUCUUCCAUUUUCUUUCCUCAUAAAGAAUUCAUUGGAGAAAAAAGCAUCCUUAUUUUUUUAAACAAUCAUGACGCUACGAUCUACUCUCCCCUAUAUUCUAUAUAUUUGAAGUUUUCAUAUCGGCCUAGUUCAAGGCAGGAAUGAAGAAUGGAAUGGCUUUGUUGUAAUUCUUGUUUUCUUGCUUCUCCGCCUACGAUAUCCGUGCUGCGCUAGAGUAUUUUUACGACUCUCUGAUAAUGGACAACAAUU